UUCCUUGUUGCUAUGGGAGUCUGGAGCAGAGGCCUGGCACAGUUACAGGCUGCGCUCCACUUCCUGUCAGUGACCAAUUUUUUGGGAGGGAUUAAGCCCCCACCAACAUUCUGGUUGCCUUGGCAACAGGGGUGUGUUGUCUUGGUGAUUGUGGCACUGCCAGGCAGUUGCUAGGGUCACGCCCUGGUUGCCUGGGAUGUCGCGACCCCAGAUCAUCCACAGCGGCCACUUCAUGGUGUCGGAGCCGCAUGCCGAGCCUGAGCUGGACCCGGGGGGUAGGGCUGCGGUUGGGAGCAUGGCGGAGCAGACAGGGGCUGUGGAGCUGGGGGCUGGUGGCUGGUGGGAGGGGGAGGGGGCUGGGGCGGGUGAGCGAGCCGCAGUGCCCUGGGAUGCCUACGACUUUGACACAGUCAACGCCUGCACGUGCCGGACCUACCGCUUUGGCCCUUGUAGCAGUGGCGCCCUCAGCAUCGACGCCUCCCUCACCAAGCUCUUUGAGUGUAUGACACUUGCCUACAGUGGGAAAAUUGUGUCCCCCAAAUGGAAAACGUUCAAAGGCCUGAAGCUGCUGCCGCGUGACAAAAUCCGGCUCAAUAAUGCCAUUUGGAGAGCGUGGUACCUGCAGUGUGAGUGGUGGCUGGGGCUGCCCAGGGGCACAUGGGGCUCUGGAGUCUCCCCAGAGUGGGCACAGCGCAGGCAGUGGCAGGAUGUGGAAAGGAGAAAGAACCCUGUGUGCAAUUUUGUGACGCCGCUGGAGUGCAGUGUCGGGGAUGACCACCGCAAACCGGAGCCCCACCCUGCCCUUGCCUUGCAGGCCGUGAUCAUGGAAGGGAAGUACUGGAAGCGCCAGAUCGGAGUGGUCAUUCGGGAGUAUCACAAGUGGCGGAUGUACUUCUGUACACGGGUCCAGAAGAAGAAAGAUAAACCUGAGCCUUUAUCCACCCAGGAAGCGGCUCAUGCCAUCCAGGGCGAGGGACUGAGCAGUGAGGCCAAGGGCAGCUGCCCCAUGGAGCUCGACCUGGACACCCUGGACAGCCUCAUCUCUGACCUGGCCGACACCAUCUUCUACAGCCGCAACCCGUAUGGGGGGCCCAACCCCCGCAGUCUUGCUCACCAAUUCAACGCGGACAUGAUUCAGCCCACCCUGACCCAGCUGCACCCUAACUUCGGAGAGGAUUUCAUGGACACCCUGGACCCCAUUCACGAUUUCUUUUCUGCCUGUCGCCCCCAGCCUGUGACCCAGGCCUCCAUGCUGCUACCAGCUGCUGCCCCAAAGGGCUCUCUGUUCAGCGCUUGUGACCCGGAUGUGACCACCAGCACUAAGGAGCUGCCUCUCCACAGGGGCUCCCUCACCCCCCUUUCCUUCCCCCUGGACCUGGAGCCCCUCACACCCCUGAAUGGACACCAGACCUUCCUGCCACUCUUCCCCACCUCCCCACUGCGGGUCAGCCCACCCCCGCCCGGCCCUCCCAUGCAGCACCCUCAACCCACCAUUGUCUUCUCCGUCAUCACCCACAUGGCUGCUGAAAAACCCCCUUCACCCACCCUGCACCCUCCUUCCCCCGGGGGAACCUUUGCCAUGCCUGUGUCUGGCCCCCUGCCCAACAGGGCAAGGUCCCGGCAGCUACAGCACAUUGCCCCAGCGCCCACCUCCAACCACCCCCCGGCAGCCCCCAGUGCCUUCCUUACCCACCUGGUUGUAGCAGGCCAAUCAACACAGCCUCUCGUUCCAGCCAGGGACUCUUCUCAGGUCUGCACCCCCCUAGAGCUCCCUGCAGGUGUCCUGCUGUUGGAGAAGCCCAUCGACCCUCGCUCUGUCACUGCCUCCUCCAGCACUGAUGCCAAGUCUGAAGAUAGAGCUGAGCGCAGGGGACCCCAUGCUUCCCACCAGCCCUGCAGCCGCCCCAGCACCAAGGGCAGCCAAAGAGCCGGCUUUACCUCUGCUGACCACGCCCGGCGCAUGAACAUCAGCUGCGCCUUCGACACCCUCGCCAGCCUCGUGCUGCCGGGCUUGGCCCAGCCCAGCGUCAAGCUCAGCAAGGCCACGCUGCUGCAGAGAAGUGUGGUGUACGUGGGGCGGCUGCAGCAGGAGUGCCGGCAGGUACAGGAGACGGCCCGGCGCCUGCGGGGCGAGAUUGAGGAGCUGAGUGCUGCCAUUGGGGAGUUCCAGCGCCAGCUGCCCCCCAGUGGGGCCCCGGUGACUCCUCCACACUUAGAUCACACAGCCCAGCUGUAUGACGACUAUGUGCGCCAGCGCACCCUGCAGAACUGGCGCUUCUGGCUCUUCAGCGUGCUCAUCAAGCCGCUGUUUGAGAGCUACAGGGGAGCGGUGAGCACCCGCAGUGCCAAGGAGUUCUGCCAGUCGGUGCUGGGCUGGCUGGAGCAGCACUGCGCCCUGGCCAUGCUGCGCCCCGGUACGUCCCACGCACCAGGCUCAAACAUCCCCAUACUCCCAGCAGCUGGGGGGAAGGGCCCCACUCCGGGGAAGAGGGAUUCCAGCCUCUUAAGGAGCUUCUGUGAUCCCCUCGGCCUCCAGGAAAAUCCCGUUUCCUGAGGUAGGGCCCCCUGAGCUCCCAGAGAUGGGCACUCAUUCAUCCUGCCUGCCUGACAGGGGUGUCCUUAUUCACAGGGCACACAGAGUGGAUGUAGUAACCCACGUCAGAACCAAUCAGUGGUGGAGAUGGGGAUAGAACCCAGGAGUCCUGGCUCCUAGACACCCCCGGUCUAACCAUUAGACUCCACUCCCCUUCCAGAGCUGGGACUAAAACCCAGGAGUCCUGGCUCCCAGCAUCCCUCCCCACUCUACCCAUUAGGCACCACUCCCCUAGCCUAAGUCUUUUUGAAUCAGACCCCUACAGUUGGGCUCCAAACCCCAAAUCAGGUUGGCUCCAGAAUCACUGGUUGCUUUGGAAUGUGCCUGCCCUGGAUUCAGUGUCACCCCCAGGCAUUCCCCCACAAUCUGAUCACUGGGCAGGGCUUUCUGAGCCACCUCCUCUACCCAUCCUGCCAAACCCAGCUCAGGGCUCUUCCAGCUGAUAGGCUUGGGGUAAGGAUGUGGGCGGGCAGCUUCCAUCUGGAGCUGGUGCUAGUUUCUCCCUCCCCCGCAGCUAUCUCCAGCUCCCUCCUGCAGCUCAGCAAGCUCACAGCCAUCCUGACCCAGCCCUCACGCCUCCCCGAGCAGGCCCUGCAGGCUGUCUGCCGCCCCCCGCACAGCAAGGGCCACAGCUAGGGGGCCCCACUGUGCUGCACGAGGACGUCCCGACGCUGCCCACUUGCGGAGAAGAGAGGAUGGGAGGGAUGCAGACAUCUUCGACUCCUGGGUGGCGCCCCACCCCACGAUGGGCCCAGAUGCAUCUGGACGGACAUGCAGGGGCUACAGCGGGGCCUCUGUAAUAGCCCUAGCAGGGGGAGGCUGAUUGAUCCACAGAGAAGGUGGAAUUGGGGGGGCAUCUCUCAGAGCUGGGGAUUCCCCUAUACACCUCUAGUGAAGGGGAGCUGGAUGAUGAGUAGAGGGUCCCCUUUAGCAUCCCCCCAUGGGGGCAGGGGGAUGCUGGCAGGUCGUGGCUCUGUUUGGACAGUGACAGCAGGAGCUGUAUUAAACCCCCAGCAUGUGGGACUGGCCA